ACGGCAACGUUGGACUAUCCUUUGUUUAGCCGCUUCUCCGUCAACCGUCACUUGUCUUGUUCUAUGAGCGUCAAUCGUCCGCCAUUUGCAGUCAGAUCUCUUAUUCUAUGAGAUACAUGCUUUUAAUGAGCACUAAUAGUCGCAGUGAUCAAAUAUUAACAAGUUUUUAGUGUAUUUGAAGUUGAGGAAAUCAAAGAAGAAUUUGAAUUAAUCAUGUCGAUGCGGCCAGAUGACCAUAGAAGGAAGUGGGAUCGCGAGGAGUACGAAAAACUCGCAGAAGACAGGAAGAGGGCAGAGCAAGAGCUGAAAGACGAUGUGGACAACAAGAAAAAGGGCCCCCCUGUUAAAAGAGAGUUUCUCAAAAUUCGGGAGUAUAAAGUGGACUUGGACUCCAAAUUGGGCAAAAGCAUUGUUAUAAGUAAAAACACCCCCACAUCCCAAUCGGGAGGUUACUACUGCAAUGUCUGCGAUUGCGUGGUCAAAGACUCGAUCAACUUCCUGGACCACAUUAAUGGAAAGAAACAUCAGAGGAACUUGGGGAUGUCCAUGAAAGUGGAGCGCAGCUCCUUGGACUCUGUCAAGCAGCGCUUUGAGCUGAACAAGAAGAAGAUGCAAGAGAAGAAAAAGGACUAUGACUUGCAGACUCGGCUGACUGAGAUUGCCGAAGAAGAGGAGAAGCUCCGGGAGUACAGGAGGGAGAAACGGAAGGAGAAGCGAAAGACCGAGGAAAUGAAGGACGACUUGGACGUGCCCAACGAACUGGCCAGUAUCAUGGGAUUUUCUGGAUUCGGCUGUUCGAAAAAAUCCAAGAUAACAUCCUAAUUUUGUUAUUAUUAUGCUUUAAAUGUGUAUAUAGGUUAGGCUGCGAAAAAUCAUAGAUAUGUAUAUGGAUUUUCCUUGCAAUUGCACCCUGUUAUCGGAUCUAAAUGUGUAUAUAGGUUAGGCUGAGAUAGAUAAAGCUGGGUUCUUAUGAGUCUGGAAUGCGGAAAGCCUUCCGACCAAUCAGAAGUUUGCAGGAUGUGUUCGCUCCGCCCAUCCGCAGGUGUUUCCAAAUUUUAAAAUUUUUCGCGCGCGCACUUUCCGCAUUCUGCUUCCUCAUAGCAUUCCGGACCAAUGAGAACCAAGCUUUAUAGAAAUGUAUAUAAAGUUCUCUUGUAAUUA